GGAAAAGGAAAACGAUGGUGGACGGGGAGGAGGACGACGAAAACGCCCCUCGGCCAUGGCGUUGAGGCGGGCCCCUCCGUCACCUACGCCGCCGCUCCCGCCGCGGGGUACUCCGCGUACGGCGCAACCGCGGCAUACGAGGCGGGCCCCUCCGUCACGUACUCUGCCGCGCCCGCUCCGGCGUAUGGCGCCCCCGCGGCGUACGAGGCGCCGGCGGCGUACGCGUACACGUCGCCCGCGGCGGCGCUGGGCGUCACGGCCGCCGCGCCAGCGGCGUACACCACGUCCUACGGCGCCGCGCAGCACCCCGCCGUCUCCUACGGCGCCGCACCGGCGCCGCCGGCGGGCCCCGUCUCGCAGCUGCUGGCGGGCCGCGGCGGCGCGGGACUCCCCGGAAUGGGGGCCCCCGGGGCCGCGCCCGACUUCGCCUUCGGGCUCGGAGGCCCAGGUGGCGGCCCGCCGCCCGCGCCGGCGGAGCCCGUGGCCUUCGGCGCGGCGGCGGGCGCCGGCGCGCUGCCAGGGCAGCUGCCGCCGCCCCCGAAACGGCAGACGGACGACCUGCCCACCCCAGCCAACGUCGAGCAGCAGAAGCUGGCGUACUCGCGCGCGCUAGAGAGCCAGCUGGAGGAGGGCAAGCGCCAGAUCUCCGACCAGGUGCAGCAGGCCAAGGCUCUCCUCGCGCAGGCCUCGGAGGAGAAGAAGCUGCAGUUCACGAUGCAGGUGGAGGAGAAGCUGAUGCAGGACGAACUGAGUCUGGACGAGCAAACGCACUCCCAGGUCAUGCAGCUGCACCAGGCGGCCCUCUCGCAGAAGCAGCAGCUCGAGCAUCAGGCCAGCGGGCUGAAAAUGGAGUACAAGAAGCAGCAGAUGAAGGACAGCAUGGCCCUCAAGCGCUACGAGCUGCAGAUGCGGCAGUGCGAGAUGCAGGAGCGGCUGCAGCUGGCGGCCCGCGGGGCCCUCUCGGGCCCGGGCUCGCUGGGAGAGCACUCGCAGGCGUACAGCGGGCACCCCUCGUACCAGCCGCCCAUGGCCGGAGGUCCGUGCGGCCCGUUCGGCGGAGAGCCGCUGGGCAUGAUGGGCGGGCAGUACCCCGGCUAGCGGCCGGCGGCGCUCUCUGUGUUUUUUCUUACCCUUUGUGGGGCGGGCGGCGCGUGGGCGCCGCCUGCCGGUGCGGCCGGAGUGACCCCCGCCGCGUGGCCGAAGGGGGCGGGAGGUAAGGGGGACGGACCCGACCCCUCGAGAAUU